UUGUAGUGAACGGCAAAUCGUCAUCUCUCACGACAAAAGUUGUUUGCCGAUUUUGGUUUAUUUUGGAGUAAAUACGUGUUCGACACAAAAAUGUUUACUCUCUGGACGCUAAUUGAAGCCUCGCUGCUUUGUUUAAACGCAGUGUGCAUUCUUCACGAGGAGCGUUUUCUGGCUAAGUUUGGCUGGGGACGACAGGCAGGCCACCAGAAUUUUGGAGCACCCACGGCCAAGGAUCAGGUUCUUAAUCUUAUCCGUUCCAUACGCACAGUGGCCAAAAUUCCGUUGAUAUUUCUUAACAUAAUCGCGAUUAUAUUUAAACUAUUACUUGGUUGACAUAGAAUCUAAUAUAAUAAAGUACCAUAAAGCUUUUGUA